AUGCCACCCGUUCAUUUCAGCAACAGGGACAACCAUGGCCAGCAAAUCGGAUUUUACUUGGAGCAAAAAAUCAACACGGUUUCGAAGACGAAGUCCUUCAAGAGCAUUGCUUUGUCGAGUUAUACCAAAUACAAGAACUCCAGGACAGACACGACUUGCCAAUGGCUGCUUAACAGUGAACAGUACAAGCAAUGGGCCGAUAAACGUAACAGCUCCGCUCUGUGGAUUCAUGGGCAAGUGGGGUGUGGUAAAUCUACAUUGGUCGCACGAGCAAUUGAAGACGUCGUCGCGAAGGAGAAGGAGUACGACGAGCAGCUCCUCUACUUCUUCGCCGACAAAGAAACGGCCACACUGAAGCACGUCCUCCUGACUUUCUGGGACCAGGUUCAGGGCGACAACGACGGCAGCGACGGCAUCACCACCGGUGAUAGCAGAGAUGAUCUGAUCAACAACAGGAGCGACGAGCAGCUCGCCGAGAUGAUUAUCACGGAACUCCGUAAGAAAGACACCCUCCGCGUCCGCAUAGUUAUCGACGCAGUGGAUGAACUGCCCAAGGUGGAUCAGACGGCGCUGGGCCGCGGAUUCAUCGAGAAGUGCUACGCAUGCAAACACUUUAGCCGGGUAUCGCUACUCGCCAGCUACCGCACGACAAAUGACGCACCUACGGCAACGGAACGAAAGGUCGACCGCGACAUACAUGUCAGCGAGAUACAUGUCACAGAAACAGAGACGAAGACAGACAUGGAAACAUACCUGGUCAGGAGCCUGGGGGACAAACUCCACGUGGAAAGUAAUAAAGGCGACUGGAAAGAAGCCGAUAUAAAGGAAGUCGCAGGGAAGGUUUCAACGCAGGCAAAGGGGAUGUUUCUAUGGGCCAAGGCGGUAGUGGACAUUGUCUGUAGCAUGCAUGACAAGCAAGAGGUGAAUCGGGCGAUCGAACGGCUGUCCCUGCCCAAAGAUAUCCAAGAAGCGUACGAGAGGGUUGUGACACAGUGGGAAAGCAAGAAAGCGCGCCGACAGUUGCAGAACUGGGAGUGUACACUCGCACUGCAUGCAACAGCGCUGCUGGCGCACGAGGGGUUGCUCUCGGUGGAGGCGCUGGCCGAGGCGGCACCGCUAAAUACCGGAACCAAGAAGAUCAACAGAAAGGUACAAGAGGAUGUGCUCAAGGACCCAGGCAUGGUGGUGCGGCUCUGCAGCCCAUUCGUCGAGCACGAUGGGGAUCUGGGAGUGUUCCGUUUCGCCCACACCUCAAUGCACGACUACUUCUUCAGCCGAGUCGCCAGCCGCGCCACCAUUGCAGACCUCACAAUCGCCUACCUCUGCCGCGAAGAGUUUCGCCGCGGGCCUUUCCGCAACGCCGCCUGGUACGACCCGGGCAACGAAUUCCUGCAGUGGAUCACCACGCACCCCUUCCUCGAGUUCGCCGCACUGCACUGGGUCGACGCCGUACGAGCCAGCAAAACCGACAACGGCCAGAACCGCAAAUCAACCCGCAACCUCCUCUCUGCGCUCUACCGCGCCGACGAGAAUCUCCUCCUCGCCUUCCAGAUCUACCGCUUCACUAUUAGCGCAUCGCUCCCCGCCAAACUCCGCCCCGCGCACGUCUUCAGCUACUUUGGUCUGUUCGACCAUCUCUUCAGCAGCAGCAGCCGCUUCGCUUCCGUUCCCGACGCCUCCACCGCCGACGCCGACGGCUGCACCACCCUCCACUGGGCCAUCCUCGGCUCCAACCCCUAUACUCGCCUCACCACCGUCCGCUGCCUCAUGCCAUCCGACGCCACUGCCGCCGCCGCCGCCGUCGCCGCGGUAGACAACCAGGGCCAGACGCCGCUGCACUACGCCGCGCGCGAGGGCGACCUGCCCCUGGUCCGCGUGCUGCUGGACAACGACGCCGGCAAGCGUGCUCUCGACGCGCGCAGCCCCAGCCACGGCACGGCACUGCGGCUCGCCGCGCGCGAGGGCCACGCCGACGUCGUCAGGGAACUCCUGCACGAAGGCGCCAACUUCCGCGCCGAGAGCGAGCUGGGCACGGCGCUGCACGCCGCCGUCGCGGGGGGGUCGCUGGACUGCGUCGUCGCCAUCUGCGAUAGCUCCCCGCGGCCGCACAAGGACCUGGACGUCUUUGGCGACGCGUUCGGCACGCCGCUGCACACGGCGGCGCAUUACGGGCACAAGGAGAUUGUCGAGGCGCUGCUGGAGCGCCGGUUCGACGCAAGGAAGAAGAGCUGGCAGAUCGGCAGCACCGUGACGGCCGCGGCGGCGGGGUGCUACGAGGGGAGGGACACGGAGCCGUACAUGGAGAUUAUUAAGAUGUUGUUGGAGCGUGGUGCGGACGUCAACAGCGCGGGCCACACGCAGUACGCGGCGCUGCACCACGCCGCGCACUUCGGGCACGCGGACGUGACCACGCUGCUGCUCGAGGAGAAGAGCAGGUGGCGGCGGGCGAACGUCAAGAAGAAGAGCCCGAUGGGCACGCCGUUCGACAUCGCGAUCGAGAAGGGGCACAUGGAGGUGGUCAAGGUGCUGCACACGAAGCCGCGGAUACGUGAUGGCAAGGGGGGGCUCGUCAUCCGCCGCGCCAUCCGCGUGCUGAAGAUUACGUGGGUGCCGAUUUUUCACGGCGCGCUGGCGGGCCGCGAUAUGACGCUGAUCGAGUUCCUGAUCGGGUUGUAUGAGAAAGCUGUCGAACGCGCUAUCCGCAACGGCCAGCAGAACACCGUCGAGCAGCACGCGCCGCUCGGCACCACCAUCUUCGAGAUCAUGGUCGAGCUCGCGACGCGGGAGAAGACGAAGGAUGAGAAGACGCGGGAGGAGAAGGAGAAGAAGAAGAAGGACAAGAAGCAGCCCCUGAGACGUCGCCCCAGCACAGCGCUGUUCAAGCGAACGUCGUCGUCGUCGUCGUCGAAUCAAGAGCCAACGCCAACGCCAACGCCACCAACCAAGCAGAAGAAGGCCCCUCGCCCCAAGCCCGCGUGGCGCGAGAAGCUCGACGUCAAAUUCGAGAUGGCCCUGUGCUACUUCCACCUCAAGGCGGCCAUGAGCGAGCGCGGCGUCGCCGCCACCUCGCGCAUCGCCGCCACGGGGCAAACCGUCGACAGCAGCAGCUCGCCCAUGACGUUCGAGAACGUGCUGGACCGCCUCACCAAGGCCGCCGUGCUGCUGCUCGGCGCGGCCUUCGACUGCAAGAACUUCAAGGCCGUGCGGCCGCUCGCCAACGCCUGGACCGACGCGCUGCUGUGCAUCGAGUCCGGCGCCAUGCUCAUGCGGCUCGUCGACCGCCGCGGCAAGGAACUGCGCGACAUCCUGACCGCCGACGGCAAGACGCCCGAGGACAAGUUCCGCGAGGCGGGCAACCUCGCCAGCGUCGGCAUCGAGCUGCUCGCCACGGCCAUCGAGCGCGGGCCCCCGGCCGAGAUGCUGGCGGACGGCUUCGCGCUGCUGCUGGCGGAUGCGCUGGACCACGCUGCCACGGACGACAAGGGGAAGGUGGUCAGGAGUCAGGAUAUAUUUCAUGUGUUGAAUGCCUUCCUCACCAUGUUCCGCGAUGCGCUCGACCCGCCGAACCGCGCGAGGGUCGAGUUGUUGACGAAGGCGGGGGCGGAGAUGGUCGUCGAGUCGGUGAAGACGGGGAAUGAGGGGUUGAUUGUGAAUAUGGACCGCAUGAUGCAGGCCGUGCGGCAGGACGCGAAGGAGGAGAACAUGAUGGAUGUGGUUGAGGGCGUGCUGGAGAAGAAGAGGAAGGAUAUCGUGACCAUACCUGCGGCGGAGUUGGAGAAGCGUGGGAUCAAAGGAGCGGAGCGAGAAGACAAGGAUAACGUGCAUCAGCAUCAGGCGAAGGAUGAAACGAAAGACCAGCAGCAGGAGAAGCCGCAGGACAAGGCAGAAGGUCAGGAACAAGAGCAAACACAACCCGAGGCGGGGAGUCAGGGGCAAGACCAGUCGAAGCCCCAGCCGACGGCCCAGGAGCAAAACCAGCAGAACACCGAACAGAAAGAUCAGGAAGUGCAAGACCAGCAAAAGAACCAGCCGAAAGAUCAGCAGCAAGGCCAAAAACCUGAAGAGAAGAUGAAAGAGAAAAAAGAGACGAAGGGUGAGAAGAUCAAGCGCAUUAUACUUCAGAUCCUAGCUUAA